CUUGCUGAUGACUUGCCAAGUUAACAUUUACUUGAAAACUUGAACAGAAACCCGUUUAUGAUAACGUUAAAUGAUAUUAAUUUAGGCGGAAGAAUAUUUGGUAUACAUGUAUACGUAUGUUUAAGUUUGCAUUGGAUUGUGUUAGAUCAAUAAAUGUGUUUCCGUCAUUUUGGAUCAGGUUACUUUAAUGCGCACGAAUAUCUAUUUUAGGAACAGUAGGUGCAUUUAAGCAGCAAUGGCGGAGUACAAUAAAAAACUUAUUGAUAAACGUUUUCAUAACUGGAUAAAAGCAGCUCUCGGGGUAAACAUUACAAAAGAAGGCAUUAGGGAUAUAGUGUUAAAUGAAAUAACGAAAUUCCAUACGGAUAUCUUAACAGAAGUUCUCUCACCAGAGCAAAUUUUGAAUAAAUUUGUGUGUACUACAUGUACAAAAGAAAGCGUACUGACAUGUCCAACAAAAGGGAUAUGCGUUGUCAAAGGCGGGUUUUGUUCCAUUCACAAGGCUGCACAAACAAAACCCUCUUCGUGUCCCUCCAAAUGCUAGCAAAGUAAAAGCAGUCUGUUCGCGAGAGAUGAUGAGGUAUACAAUUCCCCUUACGUCCCUUAGCACCGACUGAAGCGAAACUCUAUUAUACAUAAAAAAUUGAAUAGACUAAAAGACCCCAGUGGACCAAAAACUACAACAACACUGAGUCCAAGUACAGAGAGACAAGCGGCACAUAAAGAUAGAUUGAACGUGCAACACCCCUCAUAUCGGCUAACAUCGGCUUAAAUCGCGUUUAAAGACCCAGAACGACCUAGUGACCUACUUUUUCCUCCCACAUGAACUUCGCUCUACCUAUAUCAAGAGACAAAUAUUUCAAACAUACUUUUCCCUUGCAAAAUAAAUUACUUUCCUCGAUAUUUUCGAAAAGUAUAGAAGGAAAAUAUUAAUUAAAGAUGGAUGAAAUCAUAAUAUCAACAAAAGAUAUCAAAACGUUACUUGAGAUCAAUGAAAGGACAAGCAAAGAUGAGGAAACAAAAGAAGCUACAAAGAUAAAAGGUCUAGAGCAGAUUAAAGACACGUAUGGUGAUCAAGAUUCCAAACAAACAAUACAAGUCAUAGCAGAUACGAAAACACUGCAUACAGAAAAAGCAACAACCAGUAACGAGAAAAGUCCUCAAAGUUCCAAUCUGGGUUAUGAGUUGCUGAAGAAAAACCUGAAGAGUGAUCUAUUGACCUUCAACAGGAUGAAUAAUGGGUUCAUUCCAUUGUCGCCUAUUUUUGAAGAAUACGAUGCAUCAUUGCUCCAAUUUUACGUUCCUCCUGUUAUGCGUUUAGUUGAUCGCCAAAAUUCUAAACAAGACAGUUACUGCCAUGCUGAAGGUGAUACUGUACAAUCAUACCAUGACAUAUUUCAUUCAAAACUGAAACAGUGUAGAAAUAUUUACAUGACAUCUGCGGCAGGACUUGGUAAAACAACAUUCACAAGAAAAUUGGCACUGACUUGGUGUUUGUCGCAUGAUUAUAUAUCAGAAGAUGCUAAAGAUAUAUCUGAAGAUGAUGUGAAGGCAAUGAAAGAAUUUGAGCUUUUAUUUCUUAUUUCUUUAAGAGAUUCGUCUAAGCUGGAAUGUGAAAUCGACAGCAUGAUUUAUAAUCUAAUUAUCCCGCAUCUCUCUAGGUCAUUUCUGUACACAAUGAAUUUCCUACAGGAAGUUCUGCACAAGAAAACGUGUUUAGUUAUUCUUGAUGGCCUUGACGAAUGGUCCCACCCAUCUAAAGAUAAGACCGACUGCCGAAAGGAGGCCGAAGUUAUACCACACAGGAAAUCCCGAGAGCACUGCACUAUUUUCACUACUACCAGACCAUGGAAACUGGAGGAGGUGAAUUUAAAGUGUAGUCAAAUUGACAAACAAGUCGAACUUUUAGGUCUUAAUAAUACAUCAUCAGAAAAACUGGUUGAAAACGUUUUAUCUCAUUUGAGUACUCGCGUUCAGUUGAAUGUCAGAGAAACACUAGAAAGGUUCAACAAUGAAAUUCGUUUUGUUGAUAUUGAAGAAUUGAAGACAAUACCAUUAAUACUAAUGCAUUUAAUUGGACUUUGGACUGAUGGCAACUCUUUAGGACGAUCCAAAGUCGAAAUCUAUACAAACAUCACUGAAAUGUUACUUUCGAGGGCAGAGCAAAAAUGCGAAGAUAUUGGUAUUGUCUUAAAUGAUGACGGCACACAGACAUCUGGCAAACCUUUACUCACAGCGUUUAGCAUCUUUAAAGAAAGAUCUUACUGCUAUAAAUAUACCCGUCUUCUUACAGCAUUAGGUCAUGUUGCAUUUGUAACACUGUUCGAUACGUCUCAAGAUCAGAGUCUUGUAUUCAAGCCCGAAACUACCCAAAAAUUCAUGAAAAAGCAAGAGAUCUAUUUCUUUUAUAAAACUGGACUUCUAACGAAAAGUCUUUUUCUCCAGCAACUUACAAGAAGAAUUUCUACAAUUUCGUUUGCACAUAAAACUUUUCAAGAGUUUUUUGCCUCGUUAUAUAUUGGAUCGACAACUGAUUGCUCUCCUGAUAUGGAAUAUAUUUUCAACAGAUGUAAAACAGUUAAUAGCAUUAUCGAAAUGGCAAAUGUUUUUAUUUUCGAAAGCGGUAUUGCCCCAGAAAGAGCCGGGCUGAUUUCACAAAAACUUUUUCAGAAUGUUGAGGCGACGCCUCUCACACUGACAUAUAGGUCAAAUGCAUGUUUUAUGAAUUAUUGGAACCAUUUAUCGACCAUGAAAAAACUCCAGAAUAUGACUGUGGAAAGUAUGCAAGAAAACAAAAACAAUGGAUAUGGAGAUAUCCGUUUACAUUUGGCUGAUUACCUACUUGACGAAACAUGUAAGGAAAGAAAUUAUAGAACAAACCUCAUAAAUUUGAUGAAACAAAAUGCAGAAGAUGUUAAGUCCAUCCAUAUAAAUGGAUUUCAUGAUGCAAGCGAGAUAAGUGAAAUAAUGCAUUCAUUUGAAAUUUCUAAGAUAGGCUGUCUACAGCGGUUUGAUGUAUGGGGUAAAGUGGACUGGAAAGAUUUAAACUCUGCCAUUGAAAAAUCUGCAAACAAAUUGAAAUACAUACUGAUACAUUCAGGUGAAUGGUUAAAUAACCGAUGGAUUGAACAAUAUAUUCCUUUGUCAGACAGAACUCUUGAGACAAUUCAAAAGAUACAUAAUCUGGAAACAUUAUCUUUAUGGACCAUUGCCUUGACUCACAGUCAACUUGAGCGUUUGAUGACCUACCUUUCAAAAAGAGUUUUGAUGCAGCAAAUAAGUUUUGGAGCUAUCAAAUGCAGCGAUCACUCUGAGAACUGUGCUGGCGUAAAUCUUGAUUUAUGUGAACAUUCAGAACUACAAAAUCUACAUUUGAAUAAGAUACCUCUGUCAAAUGUAGACGUAAAUGUCUCUUCAUUAGAAGAAUGCUACAUUGGAGAAUUUCCAACAGAGGGUGUUUUGUCGUCUAUCCUGGACAGUCUUCCGAAAGCUAGAAAGCUGUAUACAUUCGGAUGUUACUACAUGACUUCAGAAAGAGACGUUGACAGGAUGCUUAAUGCUAUUUCUAUUCUUUCAAAUCUUAGACACAUAUUUUUGAUUCUAGUUAAUAUGGGGGACAGGUCACUUGAAUUAAAUUCAAAUAUGAAACAUAUCGAAACUGUAAAUUUAAAACGUGUAACCAUGUCCAGCCAGGCAAUGAAUAAACUUCUCACUAGCACUGAGUUACUCCAACAGUCAGUUAGGUUAGAUAUUAUGAACUGCAGUAUAAUGCCUGAGGACGAGUUCGCCAAAAUAAAAAGAUAUGUAAGGACGUCGGGUCGAUUCAUCAUUACUGAAGACGGGUUAGAUCACAGAAAAAGAAAUGCAUUUUCCUUCACUACAAAAAAAACUAUGUGUAUAAAUAUAACACUAUUCAAUCCAGCAAGAGGUUACAUAAUUAUGCUUGAAACAAAAAGUAUGAUAAAAAAAGUUAGUUGAAAAUUAAUUCCGAUAUUCUUAGCAAGGAAAUAGAUUCAAGGAAAAUGGUACAUUGUUUCCUUAUUGUCUCAUUUUUACAUGUCUAAAAUAAAAUAGAUAAAACAGAUAAA